AUGGCCUUCAGAGGUUCUGAUCGCCAUCUGCCUGCAUCGCUGCCGAGCCCAAGGCUAAAGGCAGAAGAGAUGACACUGGACCUGGAGUUUGAGGUCUUGAGUGUGGUAUUUAAUGAGGAGGGCAGAUAUGCCCUGAGGAUGUCAGCUGAGAAUCCACUGCAGGCAGGCUCUGGGGCUGGAGUACAAUUGCGAGUCAAUGAUGGGGACCCCGUCCCAGCCUGCUCUGCUGUCACUGAGGUCAUUGAGCAGCAGGAUCCUGAACAGAGCCUCACCUUCACCAGGAACAGAUUUGUCUUUACUUUGCCCAAAGGAUUCUGCAAGAAUGAUGGGCAGAAUGACACACAUCUGCGUGUAGAGGCACUGAGGCUGGAUGGACCCUCAGGACAGGUAGCCCAGAGGGUGGGUGAGGCUAUCUUCCCAAUCUACCCACGACCAGAUAAGCCCCGAAUGAACCUCACAGCCCAGGAGCACGAGGACCUGUACCGCUACUGUGGCAACCUGGCUCUUCUCCGAGCUAGUGAGGACCCCACAGCCCGCCAUUGUGGAGGCCUGACCUACAGUGUCGCCUUCCACGCGCACCGAGCCCCUAGGUCCUCUGUCUCAAGCCGCCUCAUGGAGCCCAGCCAACCAGAACUACAGACUUCCAGGGAGGUCGUGAGUGACAAGGCUACCAGCUCCAAUAGUGACCAGGAAGGGCUUAGCUGGGAACCAGGACCCUGGAGGCAUCAGGCUCAGGUUCCUGGAGAACCAGUGGAGCCCCUGGACCUAGAUCCUGACACCAGCUACCUGGCUCCCUGUAAUAAGGAGACUGUUGUGGUCACUCUGCAUGGAGCUACUGACCUUCCUGCCAGCAAGGAUGGCUCUGAUCCAAGGCCCUAUGUGAUGGUAAAAACCACAUCAGAGGAAGCCACCGCUCACAGCCCCAAAGCAGUGACCUCUGUGGCCUCAGAACCCACCAGAACACCCAUCUGGGGGGACACAGUGAAAGUGGAGGUCCAGGCAGAGGAUACAGGACAAGAAGAUGUCAUCCUCAAGGUGAUGGACAACAACAAGAAAGAGGAGCUGGUGUCCUAUACAAUCCCCAUUAAAUACCUACGUGUCUUCCACCCAUACCACUUUGAGUUUAAGAAGGUCUUGGUUCAGGGAGUCAAUGAGCCCCUGGUCAACAACCCCAGCCCUAUGGUGGUGAUUGCUCGGGUGGUUCCCAGCUAUACUGAGUUUAAGGCCAACCAGACCAGACGGGACCCUGCUUCUGUGGGGCUGCCCCUCACCCAGAUCUCCUUCCCUAUUUCAUCACCAAUGAACUUUGAUGUGCCUCGGGUCAGCCAGAAUGGGUAUCCUCAGCUGUCCAGGCCCGGGGGACCCCCAGAGCAGCCCAUAUGGAACCAGUCCUUCCUCUUCCAAGGCCGAGAUGGAGCCACCAAUUUCUCAGAGGACACAGCACUGGUGCUGGAGUAUUACCCUUCUGCUUCAAUGAAAAGCAGUGAACCGUGGAGCCUCAAACAGCCCCUGGGUGUCUCCGUGCUACCACUAAAGCCUCGUCUGUACCACAAGAUGUUGACAGGAAAAGGCUUGAAAGGGCUGUGUGUGGAACGGCUCCCCAUCACUAGGCCAGAAAACUUCUUGACACUAAACAACAGCAAGGGUCUGCCCACCCUGAACCUGAAGAUCCUAGAUGAGAAUCUGGGUGCCAUCCGUGAGUCCUGGUCCAAGAGCUCCUCAGACUCCUCUCAGGAAGGAGAGGAGCCUCAGACUUUGCACGAGAUGGAGAUGAACAACUACCGGCGGGCCAUGCAGAAGAUGGCAGAGGACAUCCUGGCACUGAGGAAGCAAACCAGCAUCCUGGAGGAGGAGAACCGCACGCUGAGGAGUCACCUGACCCAGCAGAACUUAGAAGAAGAACAGAGCAGAGCUGAAGAGGAGAACCUGGCGGUGUCCAUGAAGCAGAGGCUACUGCUGAGUGAACUGGACAUAAAGAGGCUGCGAGACAGGGUGCAACACCUGCAGAACGAGCUGAUUCGGAAGAAUGAUCGAGAGAAGGAGUUGCUGCUUCUGUAUCAGGCCCAGCAGCCGCAGGCCGCACAACUGAAGCGGUACCAGGACAAGCUGCAGAAGAUGAAGGCCCUGGAGGACACCGUGCGGCACCAGGAGAAGGUGAUUGAGAAAAUGGAGCAGGUACUGGAAGAAAGGCUCCGUGAGAGGAAGGAGCCAGCACCAUCGAGCAGGCCGCAGGGGAAGCCCAACGUGGCCUUCCCCGUGUUCACCACCUCUGGCAUUCACCUGGGCCCCACGGGAGAGAACAUGGCUGUCGAUCUUUACUCCAUACUGCUGGCCGAAAACACAAGGCUGCGGGCAGAGUUGGAAAAGAACCGUCAGCAGUCAGCCCCCAUCAUCCUGCAGCAGCAGGCCCUGCCGGUGGAUCCCAGGGAGUUGGGAGCAGGUGGAGACUUGGCAGAGAGGCUACGAGACACAAAUGGCCCGGGCCACUCCAUGUGCACAGAGACCCUGCCAGCACAGGUGGGUGUCCCGGGGAGUACUUCAAACCCCUUUGUACACAAACCCAGAGUCAAUGUUUGAAGCUAUGGUGGCAAGAGGGCACAGGAUCUCCUUGGUGGUACUUCAGACAAAUUUAACCUCCUGGCCAAGCUAGAACAAGCUCAGAGUCGGAUCUUGUCCCUGGAAAACCAGCUUGAGGACUCAGCUCGCCACUGGGCGCGUGAGAAGCAAAACUUGGCCAUACGGCUUCAGGAGCAACAACAUGGUUUUGGACACCCGUCAAACUCCAUCAUCACAGACCAGCCUAGUGCUGGAGUGGCCAAGGAUCUCCAACAGUCCUCCAAACUGGAACCCUCACUGCCCAACUCAGACAUGAAGUUCAACAGACCCUCAAACUCCAAGAUUGAGAUUUUUCACUCCCAGAAGACCUGA